AUGGCUAGCGCUACUUCGAUCUCGCUAGAUUUUAUUUGUCCCAUAACGCAAGAUAUAAUGGUUGAGCCUGUUUUGUUAGUUGAAGAUGGACACUCUUACGAACAAUCCGCGCUUGAACAAUGGCUCGAGUAUCAUAACACAUCCCCAUUGACUAAUAAACAGCUAAACAAUCGUCAAUUCGUACCAAAUAGAAAUCUUAAGUCAACCAUUGAAGACUUUCGUCGUCAACAAACCCAAUCCACAUCAGCUGUUGACUUUCGUUCUUUCACUCUACGCUCUGGGCGUCCACACAACGCCAAAUGGGAGCAUUGUCCUCAACUUCAAAUUAUUAUUUCCCUUCUUGGUCCAUCGAAUGUGGGCAAAUCGGUUCUUGCUCGAAAUGCAGGGUAUGGUCGGCCUAUGUCUAAAAAUCCUGUUUAUAUAGUCACCAUACAAACAGAUGUACUGUUUUUCUACUUGGAUCGAUUGUUCGAGGAUCAAUAUGUCGUUAUCGUUCAACUGCACGAUUGUCCAGGCAACGAUAGGUUUGAGGCUGUUUCUGAUCGUCACUUUCGAAAUUGUCACGGGGCAGUCCUAAUGGCUGAUGUGACCGACUUUCAAUCAUUUGAACGCCUCGAAAAAUAUUGGUAUAAGAGACUUCGUGAAAAAUCAUCAUUUGACAAUGUCGAAGCGGUGCUUGCAUGCAAUAAGGUUGAUUUAUUGGAAGCGGAAUGUGAUCCAUCGCAUCGUGAGAGAUUCUUUCAACGAGCUGAUACGUUCGUCUCGUCUUUGCAGAUGCCCAUCAUCAAUAUAUCAGCUUUACGUGGUGACAAUGUACAGAUAUUGUUUCAGCAGCUAAUCUUGAACAUUUUACAGAAUGAAUCCUUGGUGAAACAUUUAAAACAAUAUGCAAGACAGGUUCAUAAACCAGCGUCCAAUCCAACUAAAUCUUGUUGUUAG